AAGUGUAUGAGCUCAACCUAUACUGAACUGGAACAUUUUCCGGUUGCAUUUUCUGCAUAGCAGCAAGGAAAAGUGAACUCCUCCUCCGUAGCGUUAGCAUGGGCAGGUCUGAGACAGAUUGGACAUUGCUCCUAUGCACAGAAUGCUUGGUAGCGGUGCAGUGACAUGUCUGGGGUGAUGAGAGACUCUGAGAAAUCAUUAGACAAAAAGGGAGAUUUAGAAAGAGAGAACGGUUCUAACAGUGGGACACAGAAGUCCAGAGUGUAUUCAAGUGUGGAGAGUCGGGGCAUCCCCAAUCGAGACGACCGGGAUGACCUGGUGCGCUCCUCCAGCCACACCCCGUCUAACAAGGCUCAGAUACUGACCAUGCCGCAGUUCGGCCUGCGCGACAAUCUGAUCAGGUGUGAGCUGCUGAAGAAUGAGGAGCUUUACACUUACCUGGAGAAUUACAGCUUUUUCCUUGGCACAUACAAUGUGAAUGGACAGACACCAAAGGAAAGCCUCCGUCCUUGGCUCAGCUGCACUCUCGACCCUCCAGACAUUUACUGUGUAGGUUUCCAGGAGCUUGACCUCAGUAAAGAGGCUUUCUUCUUCAAUGACACCCCCAAAGAGCUGGAGUGGAUGCAGGCUGUGUCUGAGGCCUUGCAUCCAGAUGCCAAGUAUGCCUUGGUGAAGUUGGUGCGCCUGGUAGGCAUCAUGUUGAUCUUCUAUGUGAAGAAGGAGCAUGCAGAGUUCAUCUCUGAUGUGGAGGCUGAAACUGUGGGCACUGGCAUCAUGGGAAGGAUGGGAAACAAGGGCGCUGUGGCCAUACGUUUUCGCUUCCACCACUCUGACAUCUGUGUUGUCAACUCUCACCUAGCUGCCCACAUUGAAGAAUAUGAGAGACGUAAUCAAGACUACAAGGAUAUUUGCAGCCGUUUACAGUUUCGACAGCUUGACCCUACUCAGCCUCCAUUCACUAUCAUGAAGCACAAUGUGGUUUUAUGGAUUGGGGAUCUGAACUACAGAAUCAGUGACCUUGACGUAGACGAUGUGAAGGAGCUAAUCAGCAAAAAGGACUUUGAAACACUGCACAGUUUUGACCAGCUCAAGAGGCAGAUCGAUAAGGAGGCUGUUUUUGAUGGCUUUGUGGAGGGAGAGAUUCACUUCCAGCCUACCUACAAAUAUGACACUGGCUCUGACAUGUGGGAUACAAGUGAAAAAUGUCGUGUGCCUGCGUGGUGUGAUCGUAUCCUGUGGAAAGGGAAGAACAUCAAGCAAAAACAUUAUCAGAGUCACAUGGCUCUGAAGACCAGUGACCACAAGCCAGUCAGUUCUGUGCUCGUCAUUGGGAUCAAGAGAAUAAAUGGAGAGACCUAUAAGAAGACCUUUGAAGAGAUUGUACGCAAUAUUGACAAAAUGGAGAAUGAAUGUAUCCCAUCUGUAACACUGUCUAAGCGAGAGUUUGACUUUAAGGACGUGAAGUUCAUGCAGCACCAGGCAGAGACACUGAGCCUCUUUAAUGACGGCCAGGUCCCGUGUCAGUUUGAGUUUAUCCAGAAGCCAAAUGAGUCCACAUACUGCAAGCCCUGGCUUACAGCCAACCCCCCAAAAGGCUUCAUUGCUCAGGGUGGUUCUGUGGACAUUGAGCUGGAGGUUUUUGUAAACUGCUCAACAGCACCUGAACUCAACCUUGGCAAGCAACAGAUUGAAGAAAUCCUGGUGCUUCACUUGGAGCGUGGCAAGGACUACUUCAUCUCUGUGACAGGAAACUAUCUGCCCAGCUGCUAUGGGACCUCCAUCCAUUUAUUGUGUCAACUGAGGGAGCCCAUCCAGGACAUGCCGCAAGAGACCCUCCGUGAACUGGCAGAGAUGUCUGGAGAUGAGAAUGCAGAAAACUCUGAAAAGCCUUUAGACAUUCCGAAAGAACUCUGGAUGAUGGUGGAUCAUUUGUUCCGCAAUGCAGUCAAACAGGAAGACAUAUUUCAGCAGCCUGGACUUCGGAGUGAAUUGGCAGAAAUAAUGGACUGCCUUGACACUGGCAUUCCAGAUUCUCUUCCGGGCAGCAACCACUCAGUGGCCGAGGCCUUACUUCUCUUCCUAGAUGCCCUCCCAGAGCCUGUGGUUCCCUACUGCUUUUACCAGCAGUGCCUAGAAAGCUGUUCCAGUGCCAGUCAGUGUGAGAGAGUUAUUUCCAUGCUACCUCAGUGCCAUCAAAAUGUGUUCAACUAUUUAGCUGCCUUUCUCCGUGAGCUGUUGAAGAAUUCUGCUAGCAAUCGAUUAGAUGUCAACAUCUUGGCCACAACUUUUGCCUCCUUGCUCCUGAGGUCACCUACAAAGCAGGAUUUUGCAGAAAAGAGGAAGACUCGGGAGUUCUUUCAGCACUUCCUAACCCAAGGCUCCUCCUAGAUCUCCUAGAUGGAGGACUUUUCCAUCAUCCUUAGUGCUGAAGCUAAACACUAAAACAUGUACAGUCCAAUAUUUAAGAAAUGUAAUGAUGAUUGUGAUGCUGAAAUAUGAUUUCUUUUAUUCUUAGAUUGUUGUGAAUAGAAUCAUUGCUGUAAGAGACAGUUCUUGCCUAAUAUUAGUUUUGUUUCAGAGCAUUGUUUGUGAACUUUUGAUGCAGUUAAAUGUAUAUCUUUGAGCAUCUGUAGAGACCUAACAAUUUUUAAUAUCUAUUUUAUUUAAAAGAAACUUUGUACUUUAUUGUUCCUGAUCUCAAUAGUGUAUUGUUUUAUAUAUAAAAAUAUGAACGAGGUGUGGGAAAAUCA